ACGUAUACGCGUGCUGUAUGAUCGAGCUUCUUAAGAAGUAAGACAACAAAAAGUCAUAAUUCAUUUAAUGUAACAACUGUGGCAGACAAACAAAAACAGAAUUUCCCAGUCUUCAGGAAUUUCCCAGUCGCAGGCUCACGUAGGGAUGCUGGGAAUAGGGAGUGUGGCAAGUGCUGUCAGAGAUGAUGCAACAGUGGUCCAAGUGAGUACAAAUACCAGCACAUUUGACACAUUCAGGCAUCCGACAGGAGAACUCAGAGGAGCUGACGAGAGUCACCAAACGAUCUGAAGAAACACGACUUGAGUAGACACCUGAAAACCAGUCCGACCGUGCAGAGAUGAAGACAUUCCCCGUUGCUGUUGCAGUGGCCGUCGUGCUCACCUUCAUUUGUGUUCAGCAGAGCUCUGCCGUCCCAGCCGCUGAGGUGCGGGAGCCGGGGGAGCCGAUGAGCGUUGACAACCCAGCUGCUGACCACGAGGAGACGUCCCUGGACUCAUGGAUGAUGCCGUACAACAACAGAGAGAAGCGCGGCGUCAGGUGCAAAUUCUGCUGCAACUGCUGCACCCGCGGGGUCUGCGGACUGUGCUGCAGAUUCUGAGGAGUCCUGCUCCAACAUCCACCAACGGUGUCUUCGAGAAAAUGCAACAGUUUGAUUUGUAUUCGUGCAAUUUGAAAAAGUGUUCAGGCUGUUUCUGGAUGUAAAUCAUUAUUGGUCAGUGAAGGCGUCUGUAUCAUCCUUGUGUUCUGAUAAAUAUCUAUUAAAAGUGAUUGAGCAAUACCUC